GUGAAAAAAAAGUUUCGUGUCAUUUUGUUUAGAAUGUCUGGCUGGAAUCUUCAAGUGCAAGGCAUGACUUGCAGUUCUUGUGCUAAGAAUAUCCAGAACGCUCUAUAUAAAGAGGAAGAAGUGUCCAAUGUAUCUGUCAACGUUCUGUUGGGCUCGGUUCUUGUACAAGGACGGUGCAGCAAAGAGCAAAUAACGAAUGACGUCGAAGCCAUUGGUUUUAAGGUGGUAUCCUGUACUCCUUUGAAGGAUGACUGCGAUGAUGUGGAAAGCUCAGAUCAAACAAAGCUAACUAUUUGUACAAAAGACAAGGAAGAUACUGGCAGAAGGCUGAUACGAGUCAAAACAGGAGUAGCUUCGGCAGCGGAAUAUAUUCAACAAGUUCCUACGACGGAGUUGGUUUUGAGAUGGAACAAUAUAAAGGCUGCAGAACUGUGUGCUGAUUUUCUGAAAAAACUAAAGUUUGUCCAACAUGUAUCCAUAUCAAGCUUGUCUGACCUAGAGAAGGCUUCUGUUACUCAAUCCUAUUGUUCAAAUAUCCUGAGAAGCUGGAAAAUAUUCUUUGCUUCGAAACAAGUCCCCACUGAGUCAGUAUUUUUUGUUACUGCUGUUAUUUAUGAUUUCAGAAACUUUUAUCCAGAAGCUUAUUUGAAAGAGCAAUUCACUCAUUGGCAAACAUUGAUGAAUGAAAUGGGAACCAGCAAUACCAAAGCAGCCAUUUAUGCCUAUUUAUCAAGUCAUCUAACAGAGUUAUCUUGGCAAACAGAUUGCAAGGUCGAUGUCUCUGCUGACGGUAACAAAAUGAUGGAAAGUGUGACAAAUGCAUUGAAUUGUGUAUAUGAUGAAGGAAAGAAAUGGAGAGAUCGAUUCCUGUGGUGCACUUUAUGUUCUAUUCCUUUGUUACUUUUAGUUCUCGUGAAUCCUUCAAGUUUAUUGUUGUUGCAAAUUGUGUUGGCUACUUUUGUACAAUGUUAUGGAGGAUAUCCAUUUUAUCGAGCUGCAUUUCAUGUUAUGAAACACUCAAUGAGAGCCAAUAUGGCAGUAUUAAUAACCACAAGUUCCUUAAUAGCUUACAUAUAUUCACUUUUUCUGUGUUUUCAACGAUGGUUUCUCGAACAGUCGACGGAUUCAAGGCUUUUCAUGCCGAUGUUUGAGACGGGUGCCAUGCUCAUUACGGUUGUUUUGUUUGGAAAAUGGAUGGAGAGCACACUUAAGAUGCGAGCUUCUCGUGAAUUGGAAAAAAUAGGAGAGUUGCUUCCUUCUAAAGUUCAUAUAGUGCUCCACAAGGAACCCAUUGAAAUUUUUGACUUUUCCAAUAGUUCUCUGUUACAAGUGGAAAGUAGUAUUAUUGAGCCUGGUGAUAUCAUUCGAGUGGAAACAGGAUUGGCUAUUCCUGUAGAUGGAAAGAUAGUAUCAGGAAGUAGUUUUGUGGACGAAUCGUUUUUAACAGGAGAACCGUGCACCAUUCAGAAGACAGUCAAUGAUACCGUAUAUGCUGGAGCUAUCAAUAUUUCUCAUCCUUUGUUUAUCCAAGCUACUAGUGUAGGUAGCAAGACUUCGAUGGAGGAGAUAUUGAGACUGUGGAAUGAGACACAAUUAUCCAAAGCUCCAACGGAACCAAUUGCUGACAAAAUUUCGGCAAUUUUUGUACCAUCCGUGUUAUUGUUAUCUCUUGGAGUAUUUCUGUGUUGGUGGAUUUGUCUCCAAUAUAGCAUUGUUCCUAUGAAUUGGUGGGUGAACGAUGGGAAGUUUUUGUUCUGUCUUUACUUUUGUUUAUCUGCCAUGGUAAUUGCCUGUCCUUGUGCUUUGGGUUUAGCAGCUCCAAUGGCUUAUAUGAUUGCAUCCUUUACUGCACUGAAACACGGCAUCGUUUAUCGAGAUAUAUCUACCUUGAUAGCCUUUAUAGAAGAUAUUGAAAAUAUUGUCUUUGACAAAACAGGGACUUUAACAUUAGGAAGACCUGUAGUUACACAAUGUCAUGGGUUGAGUUGCACUCUAAUGAAUGGGUAUGAUGAGAAUUUUAGUCAAAGAAUCGUGUGGAGAAUAGUGGACGAAUUAGAAAGUCAAUGUGUUCAUCCUAUUGCAAAGGCAGUAACAGAUUACGCUCGUCAGUGUAUCGACAAUAAUGAAGAGUUAUCGUUGUUCACAUUAUCUUCUGUAAAGGAACAACCUGGAAUAGGUAUGGAAGCGGAAUUUCAAUGCACAUCUGAUGACCAAUGGCAUUCGAUUAUGAUUGGACAAAAGGACUGGCUUCUGACGCGAUGCACGGAAGCUCGAGUAUUGGACCAAUGCCAUGUUCUAAAGGAAGCUUUGAUCCGAUUAGAACAGUUGCACAGUAAAGUGGAGAAUGAAACCUUAGUUUUGGUUGCCAUCAAUCAUAUACCUAUAUGGCUUCUGCUAGUUGAAGAUGCUAUAAGACCUGAGGCUCAUCUAGCGAUACAGUGGCUUCAGAACAACCUGGGCUUGCAUUGUUGGUUGCUUUCUGGUGAUAACUACAAGUCUGCUAGACACGUUGCCAAUGUAGUAGGCAUUCAAGAGAGAUACGUUAUGGCAAAAUUGCAACCUUGGCAAAAAUGGCAAUGGAUCCAGUCCAAAAUGGCAGAACAACGUGAAGCGAAUUGUAGUGAGAAAAGAAAAGUUGGUCGUAUCGUCUUUGUGGGAGAUGGUCUCAAUGACGCACCUGCUUUGGCUCAGGCAGAUAUUGGAAUGGCAAUGGGAAAUUCCAAUCCUAUUUCUCAUCAAACAGCAUCAGUAGUGUUAAAAAGAAAUGACCUUCGUGAUAUCAUUACUGCCCUAGAUUUAGCCAAAAGAUUAAAAAAGACAAUCUAUUGGAAUUACGCAUGGGCGAUGCUUUAUAACUUGCUGGCAUUUCCUUUGGCUGCUGGUUUGCUUUAUCCAUUGUGGAGAAUUCGAAUACCCCCAUUUCUGGCAGCAGCAGCAAUGGGCUUCAGUUCCAUCAGUGUCAUGUUAUCUUCUCUUAGACUUAAAAACUAUAAGCCACCCAACCAAUCAUUGGCAGAAACUGAUGACGAUAUCGAAAUGCAACCAAGAAUAGAAACCUGGGAAAAUGAAGCUACAAGUCAUUUAAUGGGAUAGUUGAGGAAACGCCAUAUAAGGAGUUACCAAGGGAGCUAAACAAAUUUGACGCAUUCCCAAAUUGUGAAG